AUGAUAAGUGCGGAGAAUGAAUCCAUGAAGGUUGUUAUCAUCGGUGAUUCGAAUGUUGGUAAAACGUCGAUUAUUUCACGUUUAAUGUUCAAUCAAUUUUCCGCAGGGGGUGCCACUGUUGCUGCUGUAUUUCAUCACAUGAUCUUAGACACGGAGAUUGCGUCAUAUUCAUUAGAUCUAUGGGACACUGCUGGACAAGAGAAAUAUCAUUCAGUCGUUGAGAAUUAUUUUCGAGGCGCAUCUGGGGGUGUUGUUGUGUUUGAUGUGACAGACCCUCACAGUUUGAGCAAUGUGCGUGUAUGGUGUGAGCAACUCAAGCGUGUGUGUCCCGAUGCAAAAGUGAUGGUCAUUGCAAAUAAAAACGACUGUGAGUGGAGAGUAAAAAAAGAUGAUGUCGACAACGUAGUGAAAAUAACAAAUGCUUUAUACUUCGAGACUUCUGCCAAGAGUGGUGAAAAUGUCAAAAAGUCUUUUAUUGAGUUGGCCUGCGUUAUGCGUCCAAAGGAGGUGAAUUGUGAUGGAAUCGACUUGAGUCGGGGAGACCAUCAAGAUGGAUAUGAUUGUUGUUGA